UUUUGUCCUUAUGGGAGACAUAUGGAAGUCCUGUAGUGCUUACCAUGCGGCUCUUCAAGUGUGGCCAAACUGGAAUUGUUGGACAGCGCUGACUGAGCGGGGACAUCGACCGGACCUCGCACAUCAGGACAUGCACACUUUCAGUUAACGAAUGCACGGAGUAAAAAAAAAAAAAGAACAAGUAUUUAUUUUUACGCACCUUGCCGCGGUGGCCGAUUCGUAAUGUCAGGCGGCCAGUCCAAAAUCACGAGCUUCUUUAUUUCCUCAAGUCCAGUCAAAACAUCGGCAGCGAGACCUGUCAAGUCUUCCCCAAAAUCGACGACAAGAAGAGGCGGAAAACUAUCGCUUAAAAAUAAAUCCACGCGAUUGUUCGCAGAUAGCCAGAGUAAAAAGGUUAAACUAGAUGGUUACCGCUUGGCAUCACCUCCCGACAAAGAUGACAGUGACGUGGAAAUCGUUGAAGUUGUACCUCCACGACAAAACGUCAGUGAACUUGGCCUUGGGGAAAAUACUAAAAAGAAGGAACUGAAGGAAUGCCUGUGCGAAAAUGUCGCGAAAGUUAACGCAAAAAGUCCGGUGUGUCACACAAGUGAACAAAGUGCUCCGACAGAGCAUAAGGAAUGCUGCAGACACGUGAAGCUGCCUGUACAAACUCUUCUAAGCCCUGCGAAAGAAUCAUCGAGUGGUAAUACUGUGCGUAAUAAGACACGCGACCUUAAACUAGGUCUUAAAAAACAAAGUGCUGUGAUAGAACACAAAAAGUGCUGUGAUGAAGAAUGCAACGAGUUAAAGCCAACUGUGCAAACUGUUUUGAGCCCGGUGAAAAAAUCGUCUAAUGUCAGUGGGGUGUUUGAGAGGCCAGGUGGUUUCAAACUAAAUGCGGAGACAGAAAUGGUGGAAGGACAGAACGUGCAGUGCAAGCCAUCAGACUCAGCCGUGCAGACUCCAAGUGCACCAGAGGAAUCUGCUGAUGGUAGCGCAACGAAAAGUCCUUACUAUCUGGAGAACCUCGUAUUGAUAGUUAAUUCGAUAAAAGACAGUGAUGACUGGAAUCUUUUCAACCAGCAGGAACAGGAAAUGUUUUGCGAGUUUCUAGGGGCAGAUGAUAAAUGCCAGAAGCUGCUUGCCCGGCUUCUUCAGCGAAAGCACAUGUGGCGAAGAACAUCUAAAAUUGGUUACCCGGACAUUGCCAGUGAUGUUUCCCCAAUUCUGCUAACCUUAAGAGACAAAGGCUACGUAGAGGACGUGACAAGCUUGAAAGACCUGGACGUGGCCUUACGCCUGCUGUCACCGUUCGAGUUGAAGACCUUGGCUCAAGUGUUUAAGCUGAGGACAACUGGCCAGGGCAAAGGAAGUCUUGCAGACUCACUGAUAGAUCACUGCAACAAGCAGCAAACUGUACUGUUCGGCUCCAAGCAGGCAUCUCUUCAGCAACUUGCACUGAAACGGGCACUGGCAUUGCUUGGUCCUGCAUGGAAGCUCUGUGAUGAGCCACGCGAUGCAUGGAGGCGUCUGCUAAGGCUCUUCUCUCUGGGGACUCCGUGGGACAUGGAAGAAGCAGGAGAAACCCCGCAAGUGUAUGGUUUGCAGCUUGUAGCAGCUGGAAAGAUGGCCUUCCCUGAGUAUGAAGUUUCAAGGCAACACGAAGUCUUCUCCUCACGAAUUGACCUAGUUAGGUAUGAAGCAUCAAAGGUUCUGGAGGCAGAGCUGAUCCAAGCCACUAUGGACAAAAAAUGGGAAAAGGCUAGGCAACUUUUCAAUGAUGUUGAAAAGCUUGCUAGAAGCAAGGAGGCGUUGGAAUACCAGGACAGGGACCAGUUAUUGACACCAUUCCUGAGACAUUUCAGCAUGUGUGGCGUCUACACUCGGUGUCGUUGCUUGGGUGUCGAUGUGCUGCAGCGUCUCAAAGAACAUCGACGUGCUGUCAAGGUUCUCAGAGAUCUUUUAAGCCAAAAGCUCUACUGUCAGAGCCGCAGAGGCCACUGGUGGGAUCGACUGGCCCUCAACUUGGAAGUUCACCUGGGGAAGCCAGUGGAGGCCCUAAAAGUUGUGCAUGAGGCCCUAGAUGACCCCAGCAUCAGCCCUGCUGCUCGUCAUGCCUUGGUCACAAGGGCAAAUCGCUUGGCUGCAAAGAUGCCCAAGGACGUGUUGCCAUCACUGAAAUCCCUUCUGGAGCAGGAGAAAUGGGAUGCACUACCACAGGUGGAAAUCGAAGGCCAGCUAGCAGAUCGCAUGGUGCCUGGACGAACUAACAUGUUUGCAGCACGAGACGGAACAACCAUGGAAGUCAUCUCCGUUGAAGAAGUGGCAUUGCGGCAUUACAACCUGCAGGGCUACUCUAAAGGAGUCCAUGGUGAAGGCUCCACGUUUCAUGCACUCUUUGGCCUGCUCUGCUGGGGUGUGAUAUACAUGAGCGGUGUGCCAGAUGCAUUUCGGUCUGCAUACCAGGCGCUGCCCUUGGAUCUUCAUUCAAAUAGCUUUUUCACAAGCCGGGAGCAAAGUUUUCUCGAAGCAUUCAAAGUGAUCUCUGAAAGCACAACACAGGAACUGGAAGAGAGAGUUGCAGCUGCCUACAAUGCCCACUUUGGAAAAGCUGGCUUAGUCCAGUGGGACCGAUUCACGUGCACCGACAUUCAGGAAAUUGUGCGUUGCUUGGGGCCACAUGUGCUUUCAAGAAUCUGUGAGCUGUUGGCCCGUCAGUUUCGACAUCGCCGAAGCGGCCUGCCAGACUUGCUUGUCUGGAACCCAGAGACGGGAAAAGCUAAGGCAGCAGAAGUGAAAGGACCCGGUGACACGCUCUCCCCAAAGCAAGUUGUCUGGCUGCGCGAGCUCUUAGCGUUGGGUGUGGAUUGUGAAGUGUGCCGCGUCACAGCAACAAGCUCGAAAAGGCUGCAGAGGAAGAAGGCUGGAGCAGAAGAUUCAAAAGGAUGUUCAGAGCAGAUAGAGUGAGGAGGUUUAUUUUUGUGGCAGUUGCGUGGGCCCCUUUUCAUAUUCUUGAAAACAAGGGUUCCAAAGUUUUUCAUUAUAUAAUAAAUUGACAGGGCUUAAUGUCCCGAAACAAAAUGUGGGCUGUUAGCCUUGAAUUAAGC